CUCCCCACACAUGCACAACAUGUAUAUAUAUACAUCUAUAUAUACAUGUAUCUUUUAAAAUCCAAUUUGAGAAAAAUAUAUUUCUUGUGAAAAUGGAUGAAGAACCAUGCAACAAUGGGCAUUCUUACAAGGGAGUGAGGAAGAGGAAAUGGGGGAAAUGGGUGUCCGAGAUCCGGGAGCCGGGGACGAAGACGAGGAUAUGGUUGGGGAGCUACGACACCCCGGAGAUGGCGGCCGCCGCCUACGACGUGGCGGCCUUCCACUUCAAGGGCCGCUACGUGCGCCUCAACUUCCCGGAGCUGGUCGAGGGUUUCCCCCGGCCGGCCAGUUCUCGGGCCGAGGACGUCCGGCUGGCGGCACAUGAGGCCGCCAUGCGGUUCGCGCCGCCGCGGGCCGGCGGCGAGGCGGCGGCGGUGCCUGAAGGCUUGGGCGAGGUGAGGGUGGGCCUGUCGGCGAGUGAAAUAGAGGCCAUAAACGAGACGCCGAUGGACUCGCCAUGCGAGAUGUGGAUGGAUGUUGGGCUUGUGAAAGGCCCGGAGGAUGAUGAUUGGGCCGAAAUGCAGAGUGUUUCCAUUUGGGAUUAUUGAUAUUAAUACAUUAAUGCUUCCUUCCUCGAAUGAAUUCACAAAAUUUUU